AAACCUCAAGACUUCCCCAGGUCUUGCCAAAAACCAAAAAAAACCACACCGCAUCCGAUCCCCACGGUUGCGUUGUUGAAUUCACCGAACCGACCAAAAAAAAGCCCCAAACAUCUCCACGACCAUGGCAACCACCACCGCUGCUGCCAAUGCUACUGCUGCUGCCCCCGUCACGCAGCCCCCCCUUGCUUCGGCAUCCCUGUAUGUCGGUGACUUGGACCCUAACGUCACGGAGCCCCAGCUCUUCGAGGUUUUCUCCGUCGUUGGACCUGUUGCCUCAAUCCGUGUUUGCCGUGAUGCUAUGACCCGUCGCUCCCUCGGAUAUGCUUACGUCAACUUCCACAAUGUCGUUGAUGCCGAGCGUGCCCUCGACACCUUGAACUACACCCAGAUCAAGGGCAAGGCUUGCCGUAUCAUGUGGAAGCAUCGUGACCCGUCCAUCCGUAAGUCUGGAGCUGGAAACAUCUUUAUCAAGAACUUGGACAAGACCGUCGACACCCGUACUCUUCACGACACUUUCUCCCAGUUCGGCAACAUCUUGUCCUGCAAGGUUUCCAUGGAUGAGCAUGCCAACUCUCGCGGCUUUGGUUUCGUUCAGUUCGAGACUGCUGAGGAGGCCAAUGAGGCUAUUUCCAAGGUGAACGGCAUGCUUUUGGAGGACAAGCGCCUCUUCGUGGGACCCUUUAUCCCCCGUGGUGAGCGUGAGUCUACCAACGGAGAGCGCCGCUUCACCAACGUCUACGUCAAGAACUUCCCUGACAACGUGAGCGAUGAUGACUUCCGCAAGUCCUUCGAGAGGUAUGGAGAGAUCACCUCCUGCAAGAUCAUGAGGAAGGAAGACGGCACCUCCAAGUGCUUCGGAUUCGUCAACUUCAAGGAGGCUGAUGAUGCCAAGAAGUGCUGUGAGGAGAUGAAUGGCCAGAAGCCAUUCGGUGGUGAGAGGGAUAUCUACGCUGGACGUGCUGAAAAGGAAAGCGAGCGCAAGGAGAAGCUCAAGAAGAAGUACGAUCAGAUCCGUAUGGAGCGCUUGAAGAACAACCAGCUCGUCAACCUCUACAUCAAGAAUCUUGAUGACACCAUCGAUGAUGAGAAGCUUCGCCAGACCUUCGAGCAGUUCGGAACCAUCACCUCCGCCAAGGUGAUGCGUGACAAGGAUCGCCCCGAGGUUUCCAAGGGCUUCGGUUUCGUCUGCUUCGCUCAGCCUGAGGAGGCUACUCGUGCUGUGACCGCGAUGAACGGACAGAUGGUUGGCACCAAGCCCAUCUACGUUGCCCUUCACCAGCCCAUCGAGAUCCGUCGCCAGAUGCAGGCUGCUCAGGGCCAGCGCCAGAACCUCCUUCCAAGGUUCCAGAUGCAGGGAAUGCCUAUGCCACAGAUGAUGCCGUUCACUCGCACUGCUCCUCCGGGCGCUCAGGGAGUGUUCAUGUUCCCAGGACAGAUGCCGGGACAGUAUCGUCAGCCCUUCAACAACCGCCAGGGCCAGUACCCUGUCCAGGGACAGCAGCGUCGUCAGGGUGGCGCCAACUACAACGCCCAGCAGCAGCAGGCUCGUGGACAGCAGCAGCAGGCUCGUGGACAGCAGCAGCAGACCAACGCCCGCCAGCCAAAGGGCGCCGUUCCUGCUCAGCAGCCACAGCGUGUUCCUGCGGCCCCUCAGGCCGUUCCUGCUCAGCAGGCUGCUCCGGCUCCACAGGUUCCUCCUUCUGCCAUGAGCAAGGAGCAGCUUAUGGCCCUCUUGGUCAAUGCUCCUCCAGCACAGGCCAAGCAGAUCCUCGGAGAGCGUCUCUAUGCUCUCAUCCAGGCGGAGCAGGGACCCCUUGCUGGCAAGAUCACUGGAAUGCUCUUGGAGGGGCUUGACAACUCCGAGCUCAUCGCUCUCAUCGACGAUGCUGAGGCUCUUCGCAGCAAGAUCCAGGAGGCCUUGGCAGCCCUCGAGGCGCACGCUCAGCAGCAGCAGCAGGCGGCUCAGCACUAAAUGGAGUGAAACAAAAAAUUUGCUGGGGAGCAAAUUGUUUUCGCGAUCUAAAUACCUUCUAAAAUGGACUAUCCUGUGUAGACCGACAAAAAAAAUUUAAUAAAACUCGGUUCGGUGACAAA